UAUCUCUAGUUGGACCUGUGCGUUCCCCGUCUGGUCCCACCAACGGGGAACAAAUUUACAUAGUGGCAAGUUUUUUUGGGAGUGAGUGUUCCAUGGGAGCGUACAUGGGCUACCAGUUACGCGUGCAAGGAAAAUAGUAUCGGAUUCCGUAUUUUCUAUGCAAACACUUACCUAAUCCAAGGAUUGUGAAGGUCUAGUCAUCCUAUUGUUAAAAAUUGCGACGUUUGGGCAAAACGUCCAUAAAAUCGCGGUCUAUUCCACCAAACUUUGUGACCUAGUUCCUAUCGGGCGUUCUACGGGUUGACGACUUAUGAAAAUAGAAUGAUCAUCGUCUCUACUACUUAUUUCCAUUAGUUAAGGUUAUCGUGUCUCUUGCUUUUCUCGCAGCCCUAUCUGCAUCAUAGUCUCAGUACGAGUAGAAACAAUAAUAUAUCGAUAUCGCUUAAGUAUUUAGAUAGUGACGAUGACCUGAAUAAGAUACGCCAGUCGAGAAUGGAGGCGACGUAUGGAUGCGGCGCCAGGCAUACGCAGGUGAUACUGCUGUUCCUGUCGGUCCUUUUGGCGUAUGGUAUGCGUGUCAACAUGUCCGUUGGCAUAGUCGCAAUGACCGAUAAAAAUACAAGCCCGAAUCCCGACGUAUUAACAUUCGAAUGGGACGACCAAAGCAUAAUACUGACGUCGUUCUUCAUCGGUUACGUAAUUCCUCAGGUGAUUGCGGGACACCUGGCGAAGAACUUCGGGGCGAAGAUCUUCAUAACGGUCACGUCGAUCGUUGGUUCCUUAAUGGCCGUUUUGAUACCGGUUGUGGCACCGUUAGGAUCAUGGGCUGUUAUUGUUUGCAGAGUCAUCCAAGGGCUCGCCCAAGGUUUUCUUUAUCCCUGCAUUCACAACCUACUAUCAAAGUGGGUUCCACCUUUAGAAAGAGCGCGAUUGGGUACCUUCGUGUACGCAGGGGGACCACUUGGUACCGUCGUCUCCAUGCCUUUCACCGGUUGGAUAUCGGGAACUCAUUUGGGUUGGCCUUAUGCCUUCUACAUCUACGGUGGCGCGGGGUUAUUGUGGACGGUGCUUUGGAUGGUACUUGGUAAAAACAGCCCAGCGGAUUACAAAGCCAUGAACCCAACAGAGAAGGAGUACAUCGAAUUGUCUUUAGGAGCAAUACCAGCUGAACGAUUACCCUCAAAGACGCCGUGGGCGGCGUUUUUUAAAUCUCUCCCCGUUUGGGCGCUGAUAUUCGCACAUUCUGGACAGAGCUGGGGGUUUUCCACGCUUAUCACCAAUAUACCAACCUACAUGGCCGACAUCCUACACUUUGACAUUAAAAGCAACGGGGUCCUAUCGGCGGGGCCUUAUCUCCUGAACUGGAUCGUCACCAUUUCAUCUGGCGCAUUAAUCGACUAUGUCAUAUCUAAAAAGUAUCUAUCUGUGGGUGUCGCCAGAAAGGUCGCAAACAGCGUCGGCCUCUGCAUCCCAGCCAUUACCCUAGUGACUCUUGGUCUGAUCAGCGGCCCCGAUACCGAUAUUAGGAACGUAGCCUUAGCGUUACUUUUUGUCUCGGUCGGAGCCAAUGGAAGUGUUCUCUGCGGAUACCACGUGAAUCACAUGGAUCUCUCGCCAGUCUAUGCCGGAACUCUCAUGGGGAUCACUAACAGCGUUGCCAACUUUUGCGGAACUGUCGCUCCUCUUCUGGUUCAUUUUAUAGUCACCGAACCGGGCAAUCCCAUGCAAUGGGCGAUUGUCUUUUACAUAUCUUCGGCUGUCUACGUUAUCGGUAGCGUAGUCUUCGUUGUCUUCGGUUCUGGUGAGAUACAAGCGUGGAAUAACGGUUAAUAUGCAUAGAAUAGUAUUGUGUUGGCUAAGUGUAAUAAAUACUGAUCUGAACAAUUCUGGUAGAUUUUAAUAAAAGCGUUAAGCAAGGUGA